UUGCCUUAAUAUUUCUCAUCUUUUCUUUUGCUCAUUGUUGUAUUGACUUACAUUUAGCGUGACGGACGUGUGUAUCGAAAAUUUAGGAACGCGCGAAACGAAAACUAGGGAUAACUCCUAGCUUUUAGUCGAUGGCUCUGGCAGCGCGCGCAUGCUCAGUAGCAGGUCUCCUUCAUCGUGCCCUGUCUUCAGAAAAAGCAACGCUUAGCUAGGCUAGUUGGCAAUCCUCUCAGCAGCAUCACGCCAAGGUCCCCUGUAGGCUUUGUGGAUACGGUUGCUAACAGCUCUGCUGGACUGAAAAAUGGAUAGUCCUCCUACAUACGUGGAUCUUGGCAAGGCCGCCAGGGACAUCUUCACCAAGGGCUACGGCUUCGGGUCUGUGAAGCUGGAGCUGAAGACCAAGACUCAGAACGGAGUGGAGUUUCACUCUACAGGCUACAGUAGCUUGGACACAGGGAAGGCCAAUGGCAACCUGGAGACCAAGUACAAGAUCAAGGAUUACAACCUGACCCUCUGCCAGAAGUGGAACACGGACAACGUGUUGAUCAGUGAGAUCACUAUGGAGGACAAGAUUGCUGCAGGACUGAAGAUUGCCUCGGAAAUUUCAUUUGUACCAAACACAGGCAAGAAAACUGGCAAGGUGAAGUCUGCCUACAAGUCCCAGAGUAUGAACCUCGUCUGCGACGUGGACCUCCAGGGCCCCAUUGUCCACGGCUCUCUUGUGUUGGGCUAUGAUGGCUGGCUCGGCGGCUACGAGACGGUCUACGAUGCCACCAAAACCAAACCGGGCCACCACAACUUCGCCCUGGGGUUCAGGUCUACGGACUUUCAGGUGCACACCUGCGUUAACGAAGGCAGCGAGUUCAGCGGCUCCAUCUACCAGAAGGUGAACGACAAGCUGGAGACGGCCAUCACCCUGGCCUGGACCGCCGGCAGCAACAACACCCGCUUCGGCGUCGCAAGCAAAUACAUGCUGGACAAGGACACCGCUCUGUCUGCCAAAGUGAACAAUGCCAGCCUGAUUGGACUCGGCUACGCCCAGACCCUUCGGCCAGGCGUGAAGCUCUCCCUCUCCGCCCUCAUCGACGGGAAGAACUUCAACACAGGCGGACACAAGCUGGGGCUGGGCUUCGAGCUGGAGGCAUAACCAGAACUCCUCACCUGUACCGGACAGCACCACCUUUCAUGUAGCUCCUCUCCUCUGGACUCUCCUCACCUUUAAACACACACACACCCUCACACACGCACACACACACACACACUCCCUGCGCUCCUAACGAGCAUUUCUGACACUAAAAGUUGAGUCGGGGGGAAGGGAGAGUGUCGGCCCUGAAAUUUGGCGGUGCGCGGUUGCGAAGGAGUUCCUGAUGUUCUGGCUGAAGUCACACCAUUUUAUUUCGCUGUCGGUCUUGAAAGACGUUGGUGUAAAAGUGUGUAACUCAUUCCAGCUGUCUUUACCUUAAAGCAUGAGAGAAUGAAAACAUGGCCGCAGAGGCUGGCUGAUGUUUCUUUGCUUGGUUAAAAAGGUGCAGUGUGUCUGCUUUUUUCUUUUUCUUUUCAAAUAGGUUCAAACACUUUUUGUUUGGUUCAAACUGAAAUCCUUCAUGAGAGCCUUUUGCGUGUGCGUGUCCGCUCUGCCUGACAGGUGAAAUCAAUGUGGUGGAAUCUUCUGGUAUCUUCCCGUAGUUUAGUUUUGCAUUUCUACAGCGUUGCUUCCAUCUGUCUCGGCUCAGCGGCCACAAAGACGGCGAGGAUGUUUUGCGUUGAGGCGCGGCUGGUUCCUCGAGCGGGUUCCGGUCAGUGACCAGCUGCUUGACCUCACUGGUUCAUCGCCACACUGUUAACCCCUUCACCCUCCUGAACCCUCCUGAGCCCCGCCCUCAGCUUCACUGUUUCUACAGCCGCAUCACACGUCUAAGAUGGUCUUAUUUAUUUUAGCCUUCAGAUUGUUGUCAUUUGUCUUUUUUUAGACACAGUACCUCAUUUUUUCCAAUGUAAAUUGAAGAAUUCUAAUAAAAAAAUUGCAAACA